AUGUCAGGUUACAAACAGGGACAAACAGCUGGCCUUGAUUCUAGCCAAGGCCCGUACCCAAGUGCCGGCCGCUUCGGCGUCGAGGCCUCCUACCUACCUGAGGACUCAAGCUGCGGAGAAGUGCCGUCUUAUGAGCCUCGAUCCUCCAGCAAGCGUGUGAGUGAUUGGAUCCGGCAAAGCCGUGACAUCACGUUAGGGCAGUCUAACUUGUUCGCAGGAGAUCAGGACGAAUCAAACUGUGGCCCAAAUGAGGCGACCGGACAUGUGGCUCCCUUGGCCAACAGUCAAUCAAGCUCGACCAGUCAGUCACCUUUGGGCGCACUAAAUAUCCGGCAAGCAAGCAAGCUCGCCCUGAGUAGUCAGACUGUGGGGAUAGCAGGAACCGUGUUGGUUGGAGAUCAGGAAAGAGUGAUCACUGAGAGAGUGUCAACGUCGAUUGGCGAGGCCUGGAAAACAGCAAACCACAGACUCCCACGACUGUCUGCCGGAAGAGGCAAGAUGAGCCUUGUCGGGCAGAAACUGGACCCAUCGGAAUUGAGUGUAUUCGGUGUGGGAAACAGCAGAACGGUCGGACCUGUUAGCCCAACGCACUCAGCAUUCUUCAUUCAACAAACCAAGCGAUAG